AUGUUUCUGGGAAGACUCCCAACACCCCUGAGGUUUCUGUUCAUAACAGCCCUCUAUGCUUCAACAUCCUCCGCUCUCCCCGCGAACAAUAUCUUCGCCCGCCAAGACACAUGCGAUGCGGAUCAGAUAUCAUGCAACAGCGACAUCGCCAACUUCUGCUGCCCCAAAGAUAACUCCUGCAGACUUCUCGCUGGCAAGACCACAGCAGUGUGCUGCCCCAAGGGUCAGACCUGCAAUGUCAUUCAACCCAUCACCUGUGAUAUCCGCGGCCAGGACCAGAGAGAGUUCCCCAACGCCCCUGUCAAGACGAUAGUGUUCAACCUCGACCUUCAGAAAUGUGGACAGAAGUGCUGUCCUUUUGGAUACUCGUGUGAAAAUGAGCAGUGUGUUAUCGACAAGGAUCAGACCGAUGUCCCAGAGGGCGCUGAGCUUCCUAAUGAGACGUCCACGCCUGUUCCCAGCGCGAUAACUACUGCUACGGGGGCUAUUGAGACCAUCUCCAUCAGCGCUGCACCCUCCACGAGCGCUGAGCCUACAGCCGCUGUUGGUUCAGACAACAGCUCAGACAAGGACGGAGACUCCAAGUCUGACAACUCGGGGCCUGCUACUACCUCCAUCGUUGGCGGUGUAGUCGGCGGCAGUAUUAUUCUUCUAAUAAUCGCCGUUGUAAUCUUCCUCUACGUCCGUCGUCAGAACAAACGGGAGGCGCAAGGCUCAGAGAAGGGCAGUCAUAUCUACGGCUACGGCCGUCGAUCCACGAGCGAUGCCUCGUUCGGAAAUAUCAUCUCCGAGCCCAUCAGCCAACCCAACUCUUACCGCGCGGACUUCAUCCUCAAGACACCUUCAACCCAGCGCUCAAGCAUUGUGCCUGUGCGCCAGCUUUCCGAUGCUAGCACACGUCUCAACGCUCCACCUCCGCGGAUUCGUAUCUCUAUUCCGAAUCCCUUCGACUCACCCAACCCCUCACCCAAUGCUCAGCCCAGCCCCCUCGACAAUGAAGAGUCUCUUCGACAUGGAAACGUUCGGCUACCCCCCAUCCGCGCUAUGAAGGCCUCGUCGUACUGCAGUCGUCGACCAAGUACCCCUGAGCUUCAACGUGAGCCAAGUAGCGAGAACAUCAAUGUUUUCGCGGACCCUAGCACCAUUGUAAAACCCCGUCCCCUGACGAGAGCGACAACAUUCACCGACCUGAUGGACGAGGCUGAUCUCGGCGCUGUUCGGCGAGGGAAGCCAUACGUUCCUGGAACCACCCCCAGAAUCUAG